UUGUUACACUAUAUAUAAGCUACCAAGAAUACAUAAUUUUCUGCAUUUCUUUUUUUUUUCUUUUCUUUUAUUCUCUUUUUCAUAUAUAUAACUUUUAAAAUAAAGAGAUGACGCAAAAGGAUAUUCAAACAGUUAAAACUUCAAAAGGUCAAGAAGUUAAAGUUCAUACUUAUCUUUUCAUUAACAAUGAGUUUAUUCCUGGAAAUGGGCCUAUGAUUGAAACCAUCAAUCCUGCUACAGAAGAAGUAAUUUGCUCUGUUCAUUCUGCAGACCAAUCUAAUGUGGAUGCAGCUGUACAGGCUGCACAGGAAUGUUUCAAGACAACUUGGCGAAGAGUAUCUCCUGCAGAACGUGGACGUCUGAUAAAUAGGCUUGCUGACUUGAUGGAACGUGAUAAAGAUGAAUUGGCGACAUUAGAUGCUCUUGAUAAUGGUAAGGCGUUUACGAUAGCUCGUGAUGUAGAUAUCACUGAUUCAAUUGGCUGCUUCCGUUAUUUUGCUGGUUGGGCUGAUAAAAUUCAUGGUAAAACAAUUGAUACAACCUUUGAUAAGUUGUGUUAUACUCGCCAUGAACCACUUGGUGUUGUCGGUUGUAUCAUUCCUUGGAAUUAUCCUAUUAUGAUGGCGACUUGGAAAUUUGCACCUGCCUUGGCAGCUGGAAAUACAAUUGUAAUGAAAUCUUCUGAAAUUACACCACUUUCUUUAUACAAGUUUGCAGAAUUGGUCAAGGAAGCUGGAUUCCCUCCUGGCGUCAUAAAUAUCAUUACUGGUUAUGGCCAAACUACAGGUGCAUUCCUUACUAAUCAUAAAGGUAUCAGUAAGAUGGCUUUUACGGGUUCUACUGUAACUGGUCGUAAAGUGAUGGAAUCUAGUGCAAAUAGCAACUUGAAGAAACUUCAAUUAGAAUUAGGUGGUAAAUCUGCUCAAAUCGUUUGCGCUGAUGCAGACCUUGCUAAUGCAGCUAUUCAUUCUCAUGGUGGUAUCUUUAACAAUCAUGGUCAAAGUUGUAAUGCAGGUUCUCGUAUACUUGUUCAUGAGGAUGUGUUCGAUAAAUUUAUGGAAUUGUUUAUUGCCGAAACAAAGAAAAUCACUCUUGGUGAUCCAUUUGAUGAGAAUACUUUUCAAGGUCCUCAAAUUAGUAAAGACCAAUUUGAUAAAAUCAUGAAUUAUAUUAGAAUUGGUCAAGAGGAGGGAGCUACGUUGGCUCUUGGAGGUAAACGCUGGGGGGAAAAGGGCUAUUACAUUGAACCCACGAUUUUCACACAUUGUAAAAAUAAUAUGCGUAUUAUGCAAGAAGAAAUCUUUGGUCCUGUAGUAGCUAUUGCUACUUUUAAAACUAUUGAAGAAGCUAUUGAAAUGGCUAAUGAUUCAAAGUAUGGAUUGGCAGGUGGUGUAUACACUUCUAAUAUUAAUACUGCUAUUGCUGUUUCUAAUGAGCUUCAAGCUGGUACUGUCUGGGUUAAUUGUUUUGAUAUCUUUGAUCACUCGACUCCUUUUGGUGGUUAUAAACAAUCUGGUUUUGGUAAAGAACUUGGUAAAUAUGCUAUUCAAGAAUAUACUCAAGUUAAAGUUGUUAAAAUUCAAAGCAACUUGUAAGCCAUUUCUACUAUGCUAAAUGAUCUAUAUUAAUAAUAAACUUUACAAUUAUUGCUUUAUUUGAUAAACA